CAACUCUCUCUCUCUACAAACAUAUUAAUAUUAUCCAUGAAAUUGAAUAUGAAGAAUUUUUCAAUCAUGGCGACAGUUUUCUUGGUGUUGUGUGUUGUUGUGGUUGUGGAGCCAGCUGGCUCCUUCGGAUUGGGUAAAAGACAAUGGCAUUUACAGAAAAGCCCACUUAAUCCCACCACCUUCGCCGGAGAAGAAGACCUCGUCACUAACUUGCCCGGCCAGCCCCCCGUCGGUUUCCGCCAUUUUGCCGGAUAUGUCAACGUCCAUCAGUCCCAUGGUAGGGCAUUGUUUUACUGGUUUUAUGAAGCUGCCUCUUCCCCUCACCAAAAACCCUUGGUUCUUUGGCUCAAUGGAGGUCCUGGCUGCUCCUCUGUGGGUUAUGGAGCAACACAAGAGAUUGGUCCUUUCAUAGUGGACAAUGAUGCAAAUGGACUUAAAUUAAAUGACUAUUCUUGGAAUAAAGAGGCCAAUAUGCUAUUCUUGGAAUCUCCUAUUGGUGUUGGCUUUUCAUACUCAAAUACAUCUAACGAUUACGACAAUCUAGGGGACGAAUUUACAGCAAAUGAUGCAUAUAACUUUUUGCAAAAGUGGUUCCUUAAGUUUCCUUCGUACAGAAACCAUACCUUUUAUAUCGCCGGAGAGAGCUAUGCAGGAAAAUAUGUUCCUGAGCUGGCUGAGCUCAUCCACGAUAAGAAUAAAGAUUCUUCCUUUCACAUCAAUCUGCAUGGUGUCUUGCUGGGGAACCCUGAAACUUCAGACAGUGAUGAUUGGAGGGGAAUGGUGGAUUAUGCAUGGAGCCAUGCAGUGAUAUCCGAUGAAACUCACAAAAUCAUAAGAGAAAGUUGUGAUUUUAAUAGCAAUGACACUUGGAGUAAUAACAAUUGUAGUGAAGCUGUGGAUGAAUUGCUUAGCCAAUACAAACAAAUUGACAUUUAUAGCCUUUAUACCUCUCUUUGCAUUGCUAAUUCUGCUUCUGCUGAGGGCAAUUCUGUCCAAACCCUAACCAUCAAACGCUCUACUACCAUGAUGCCAAGAAUGAUGGGUGGAUAUGAUCCUUGCCUUGACGGUUAUGCAAAAACGUUUUAUAAUAGACAAGAUGUGCAACAAGCGCUUCAUGUUAGUGAUGGACAUCAAUUAAGGAAUUGGAGCAUUUGCAACAAUACCAUAUUCGAGAACUGGUAUGAUUCGAAGCCUUCAAUUAUUCCAAUAUACGAGAAGCUAAUUGGAGCUGGGCUUAGAGUAUGGAUCUACAGUGGAGACACAGAUGGAAGAGUGCCAGUGUUGUCCACUAGAUAUAGUCUCAAAUCCCUCAGUCUCCCCAUUACCAAAGCAUGGAGACCUUGGUACCAUCAAAAACAGGUGAGUGGUUGGUAUCAGGAAUACGAAGGACUUACAUUUGCAACAUUUAGAGGAGCUGGGCAUGCAGUCCCAUGUUUCAAACCAAGCAGUUCAUUGGCCUUUUUUGCUUCAUUUCUCAAUGGACAUUCACCACCUUCUGCUAAAUGACAUCUAUAUAUAUAAAUAUAUGUGCUAAUUACUUUUUUUUAUAUAAAUUAAAACUAAUUAAUAUAUAUCCACUCUUCCCUCCCUAUUAUAUUAUACAAUAAAUAAAAUGUUUCCCAUUCU